AAUAACCCUCGGCGGCUGCUGCCGCUCCGAGCACACCCGGCCCGCCCGUGAGGGGCAGCGGCGUCACUGCGGGACCGGGCCGCGGUGACGUCACGGAAUGACAAAAACAAGAAUCUUAAAACCGGGCAGAACGGGCAAAUUCCGCCGCUUUCCGUUUUUGCCCCGGUUCGGAAUUUGCCGAUGCGCCCUCAAGAGGACGGAAGCGGAGCCCUUUGAGAACCGGACCGAGGCGCGUUCGCCGGCAGGAAACAUGUCCGCGGGCGGGCCGUUCCGGGGCUGCGCCUGCUUUUUCACCGACAACAUCUUCGUGGCGCGGUUCGGGCUCCACGUUCGGUACCGGGACGAGCCGCAGCUCCGCCGGGACCACGGCCGGGCGCUGCGGGAGCGCGGGUGUCGGAGCGAGGAGCAGUUCCAGGAGGUGCUGAGGGAGAUUGAGGCAGAAGUGCAGAGGAGAAAAGAGUUGAUCCAUCAGUCAGCGGAACGCAGAGCCAUCAUCUCCAGGUGCUACAAACCAAAACACCCAGAGGUGUACACUCUGCAGGAUUCCUUCCUGGCCCCAGGGUUUCUGGAGAUCGUGAGGUUCUGCUCAUCGCCGGGUGCUGAUCUCCAGGGCCUCCUGCACUACCUCGAGUCCUUCUCAGAUAAGAGGAUCUAUCGACUCCCAGUGUUCACAGAGGAGUUCUGCCAGAYCUUUGUGGAUGAGCUGGAGAACUUUGAGCAGUCGGACAUGCCUAAAGGCAGRCCCAACACCAUGAACAACUAUGGGGUUUUGCUGAACGAGCUGGGGAUGGACGAGGCUCUGGUGACGCCGCUGCGGGAGCGCUGCCUGCRGCCCAUCACAGCCCUGCUGUACCCGGAGCUGGGCGGGGCCUGCCUGGACAGCCACAAAGCCUUCGUGGUCAAGUACUCCCUGCACCAGGACCUGGACCUGAGCUCGCACUAYGACAACGCUGAAGUCACCUUGAACGUUUCCCUGGGAAAGGAAUUCACCGAAGGCAACUUGUACUUUGGGGAUUUCAACCAGGAUCCCAGCCCUGUGCCAAAAUAUAUCGAGGUGGAGCACGUGGGAGCCCAGGGUUUGCUGCACCGAGGAGGGCAGAUCCACGGGGCCCUUCCCAUCGCCUCCGGGGAGCGCUGGAACCUCAUCGUGUGGAUGAGAUCCUCGGCUGUCAGAAACCAGCGCUGCCCCAUGUGCGACAGGAAACCCGAGCUGGUGGAAGCAGAGGGAUUUGGGGAUGGGUUCACRGAGCCCCUGGGGGAGGAGCCGCCCCAAACUGUGAAUCUCUGUGCCUUGGGGUAGCCGCUGGGGCAGCCCCAUUUCCCCAAAGCUCCUUGCUGACUGCUCUCACAGGCUCYGAUGGAUGCACCAGCCCUGCAAGAAGCAGCUCUCACCUUGAGGAGGGAUACAAAGCCAGUCCUGGCAGGUUUCCAGCUGGAAGAGCUGGAACUCAGCUCGUGAGGGCUCCCACUGGGGCUGGAGGACUCUGUAAGACACAGAAAGCCCCAGCACUGAYUCACUGCAGGGGCUCUGUGAAUAUUUUCAGGUGUACAGGGAAAACACCCAAAGCUCCUUGGCCUYUCUGCCAACAGCAGCGUCCCAGGUCCCACUGUAAAUGGGAAAGAAUGGGACAAUAAACCAUUUCUCUGCUGUUCUUAGGCCCUCCUGUCCUCUUCCAGGAAMAUGGGAAGAGCUUGUUGAUGCUGAAUGACACAAAUGAGAUCGAGGGGCCUUUAUAAGGGGCUUUUCCAUUGAUCUGUUCAGUGCAGUAACUACAGCGGAUGGGUUAUCACAUCAGUAACUGUGGAAGGCUGAACGGGAGCGGGUGCAGCUCGCACCAGAGGUGUUUAUUGAGGCUCUCCCAGCAGAUCGCUGGAUUUUUGGCUGGCAAUGCUGUUAGCACAGGGUGCUGAUGGGAUGCUCAUUAGCAAAGCUCAUUAAAAUUACACCAGGCAAAGGAAAACGGGCGGUUGUAUCUGUUCUAGGAGCMGCUCUUAAACAUGCAACCUCGAAGCCUCCAGCUGGUUCUUCAGCGAACGUGAGCGCUCCCAACCCGCCCGAAUUCACCCCAAAAGAUUGAAUUACAGGCGGGCACAGGCGGGGCCCGGAACCAAAGAGCGCGGCCCGGCUGCCGGCCGGCCCCGCGCGGGGGGA